AUGUCGUCUUCCUUCUCAUCCCGUCUCUCUGCCCUCUCCUCAUCCAGCACAAGCACCGCAAAAUCCUUCAAUCCUCCCAGGCCGACCUACAAUUCGCCCAAGCUCGUGCGUGAUUCUCGUCUUGUGGCACACCCUUUUGCUUCCAGUAGCUACACAGCAUCCAGCCACGCCAGUGUCGAGUCAGACCCCUCCUAUCACCAAGCCAGCCAGCGAUCACGCAGCGCAAGCACCAGCAGCCAUUCAUCUUGCAACGCCCACGCCUCGCAGCUUGGCGCCACCUUCGUCAACCUCGACGUUACCUGCCAGUCGCCAUACCAAGCUGCUGCCGACUCGUUGGUCUCUCCGGCGACUGACGACUGCUCCUUCCAAGACGCAAUGGUUCGUAGCAGGAGCAGCACUUUGGCUUCUCGGAACAAUGUACCAUCCCAAUCCGCUCCCUUUCCUCCACCACUUGCCUCUCCCAACCCUUUCAAGAGUCAGUUCGACGAUGACUCGGAGGACGAAGAGAAGAUUGAUCUGGCUCCCAAAGCUCUGGCCGGAGUUCCUCACCGAGCGCGUCUGGCAGCCAUUGGUACGGCAAGUCGUUUGUUCAAGGGCAGGCGUCACAGUCGCAACUCUUUUGCCAGUCUCACCGCCGACAGUAUCAACAACCAAGGUCUGCCGCCCCCUCUUCAGCAGCUUGAUAAACCGUCUAGCAGGCAGCGUGACAAGCAAGUCCAUCGUCCUUCCACUAGUGAUGGCACGAGUCCACACCCUCGUCAAGCCGUUUUUGGUCAUCGUCCCUCACCCUCGGAGCUCUCAUUUGGCUCCCACCAGAUGUUGAACAACAAGUCGCGAGGCCCCAUUCCAGCCGACAAAGAUCUCAUUCUCGGUCUCAAGGGUGCCGCAGUCAAGCCUCGUUUCAAGUUAGCAGAGAAGAACAAGAGUCUGCCCAAGACUCCUGAGGAGCACGCCAUCUCUCAUCAUCGGCAAGCUUCGAGCAGUGUCGCGCUUCAGUCGGCGAAUGGCACGGUAAGCUGCAUCGAUCCCCCACCCUACUACUCUCUCUCUGAACAAGUCGAGCUGAAAAAUGGCAAAGACAGCCUGAGAAAGUCGCAAUCUUUAUCUACCCUCCGAUUUGAUGCUUCUCGUAGACCAAAGCUGCCCUCGCCUCCCUCUCAAGUCCAAGCAGCAGUAAGCGUCAAGUCGGCUGCAUACACUCAACGCUGCGCAUGGGAAGUCAUGUUGAGCACCCCGCCAAGUACAGUCGAUGAUCACAGCAGCCUUGAGAGCUGCGGUCGUAUCGCUCGGGUUGAAAACAGUCUUCCUGACUCACCACCGAGAGGUAGCCUGCACAAACCACAACGUCUUCCACCGCAGAAACCUCCUCCGCAGACCUUGCCUCCGCCUCCUCCACCCCUUGCUUCCAAGCAGCACAUCUUUGCCGACAGCUCAGCAAAGUCUUCCGUCGAGGUCGGUAGGCCGUCUUUGACCUCAUCGGCCGGAAGUUCAGCCAGCAGCGAAAAGCAAAGCCUGUCGCCUAAGCAGUCCAUCGAGUCUGUCCGCUCGCAGAACAAGCAGGCUUCGCUGGAUAAGGCAGAACAACUUGUUCCCCAACGUAUGCAGUGCACUUCUUCCCGUGCAAAGAUCGAGCUGAAUGUCGGUGGCACAAAGUUUGUCACACUCUUCACUACUCUACUCGGAGCACCUGGUGAUGAUCCGCGCUUCAUCGACCACCUCUCUCCCCACAGAGAGAUGACUGACAAGAACACUUCCGAGGCAGCCCUGUGUGCAGGUACUCACCUUACCCGCCGCAAAAGAGUAGACCGAGGCACAAGACAUCAAUGUAUAGGCUCCCAAGAAAGCAGCUUCGACUCCCCCACUUGUGUCUCUGUUACCACCGUUGACCAAGAGGCCAGUCCGACGCACGCUUCCAACCUCACCUCGAGCGUGGGAUCACUUGCAUUACCCGACCCUCUAUCCACCAACAGCAGCAGUAGCUCCCUCGUCACCUCCUCCUCAACGUCUCAGAUUGACUCUGGUACUUCGACUCGCCGAACGAGCGAUCUGUCGGAUGCUUCCUCUUGGUCCAAGGCAAAUGCUCCCACUGCAACAACACAUGAGGAAUCGUCAGGCGUCAUUACGCCCUCUCGAAUCUUCCUAGACCGCAAUGCCGAGCUCUAUUCUGACAUCUUGGACAUUCUUCGCACUCGUAAACUGCCCUAUCGCUUGCAAGUGGCAAGCAUCGCUCAUACUACCGAAUCCAGUUCAGCCUGUAGAAACGAGCCAGGUUGCGCACUGACAGCACUCAAAUUGCAGUUGACGUGUCGCCUUCAUCAAGUAAAACAAGAAGCUGAAUGGCUAGGAUAUCGUUCAGUCGUCGAGUUGUGCGCUAAACAGAUCCACCUCCUGUAA